AUGGGUUCUGUUUCCUUGAAAAUCGGCGAUGGAACAGCAAGAUUCAAAACACCAACAAUCUGUUCCUCAGCACUUAACAUUCUCAUGAUCCUGUCUGUCAUCACCACCAACCUUUUCGCUCUUUACGCUUUCACUUCUUCACCAAACCUCAUCCAAACCGAACAACAACAUCACCAGCCACACAGAAGCUUCUCCCUCAUCUCAGAGCAAGUUUCGUUAAUUCUCAGAGAAAUCGAUAACUCUCAAAAGAAACUUACCCAGAUAGAAAAACAGCUCCUUGGUUACGAAAGUUUCGAUCUUUCAAAACCCAAUAUUCCAAAAGAGCUUAAACUGUUUCUUACCUCUCAUAAACUUCCUCUCGGUCGAGAUUCGAAAACCGGACUCACUGAAAUGGUUUCAUCGGUUGGACAUUCAUGCGAGAAAUCUUCUGAUUUGUUGUCUGGUUAUAUGAAUUACAAUGUGUUUGGCAAUUGUCAAGAUGACUUCAGUUUAGCGCAGAAACUGAUCCUAAAAGGAUGUGAGCCUUUACCAAGAAGAAGGUGUUUCGCGAAAUCGGUUUCUUCUAAGGUAAAAUUUCUUCAUCCUUUUCCGGUUUCACUAUGGAAGCCUGUUAGUAACAAAACUGUGAAUUGGAAUGGUUAUAGUUGCAAGAGUUUCGAGUGUUUAAAUGGUAGAAAAUUGAAUAGAGAUUGCGUACAUUGCUUUGAUUUGGUUAAUGGAUAUGAAAAUCAAAGAUUUGUUAAGUCUAGAAGUAAGAAUGAUUUUCUUGUUGACGAUGUUUUGCAAUUAGGAAAAGAUGGAAUUCGAAUAGGUUUUGAUAUCGGAAUUGGUUCGGGAACUUUUGCGGCGGUUAUGGCCGAAAGGAAUGUUACUGUGAUUACUAGUACUCUUAAUGUUGAUGCUCCUUUCAAUGAGUUUAUAGCGGCGAGAGGACUUUUUCCGCUUUACUUGAGUUUGGAUCAUAGGUUUCCAUUUUACGACAAUGUGUUUGAUUUGGUUCGUGCUUCGAGCAACAUUGGUGGUGAUGUUGGUGAGAAGCAAGAGAAGUUUGAGUUUUUGAUGUUUGAUAUCGAUCGGAUUUUGCGGGCGGGUGGUUUGUUUUGGAUUGAUAAUUUGUAUUGUGGUAAAGAAGAGAAGAAAGUUGGAUUGACUAGGUUGAUUGAGAGGUUUGGAUAUAGGAAGUUGAAAUGGGUUGUGGGGGAGAAGGUUGAGAGUGGUAAGUCUCAUGUUUUUUUAUCUGCUGUUCUUGAGAAGCCUGUUAGAGUGUAA